AUGCCAGAAGGCCACGGGUUCGGAGGCUGGGAUCUCGGCGCCAUCCCCUUGCUGCCGAGUGGUUGGGGCGAGUGGUUCCCUGAAGCCUUCUCCUUGGGAAAAUCGGUGACGACACCGGCCUUGUUGGGCAGAAUCACCAUCACCAUCACCAUCACCAUCACCAUCACCACCUUCACAUCAUUCCUGGGGUUCCGCCAUCACCCCAUCAGCCGCAGCAGCGUCAUUCGUGGCACCCUCACCGUCAGUACUGGUGAGCAGAUGGAGCAGGGGCCAGGCCUUUCCCUCUUCACAUCUCUGGUGCAUGUGAGCUCCGUGGGCAGAAGUUUGGGAAAAAAGGAUCCAGGGCUGCUGCUGGCUCUUCCGGAAACAGAAAACAGCACAUCCUGGGAAAGAGCCUCCGUGCUGGUUUAUCGCCACACCCUUUCCUGGGUCACGCUGCACACGAGCAACAAGUCCAGCUCCGCCCGGAGUCUGCAGUCCGGGAUUGAGACGCUCCCCUGGCCGUGCAGGUGGGUCAUCCAGGACUGGCACCCCCACCUCAAGGCCCUUCACCUCCUCACAGCCACCAUGAAAGGUCCCAUCCUGGCAGCGUCUGGGGAUUCGGACGUGGAUGACUUUGGGGGCCAUUCCUUUUACAACUACGACGCCCGGGGAGUGGACGAGCUUUCCUUGCAGAUCGGAGACACCGUGCACAUCUUAGAGACGUACGAAGGCUGGUACAGAGGUUACACCUUAAGGAAAAAGUCUAAGAAGGGUAUAUUUCCUGCCUCAUAUAUUCAUCUUAAAGAAGCAAUCGUUGAAGGAAGAGGGCAAGAUGAAACGGUCAUCCCCGGCGACCUGCCGCUCAUUCAGGAGGUCACCACGACGCUCCGGGAGUGGUCCACCAUCUGGCGGCAGCUCUACGUGCAAGACAACAGGGAGAUGUUCCGCAGCGUGCGGCACAUGAUCUACGACCUCAUCGAAUGGCGGUCACAGAUCCUCUCCGGGACGCUGCCCCAGGACGAGCUCAAGGAGCUGAAGAAGAAGGUCACAGCCAAGAUCGACUAUGGAAACAGAAUUCUCGAUUUGGACUUGGUGGUGAGAGACGAGGAUGGGAACAUCUUGGAUCCGGAACUAACCAGCACCAUCAGCCUCUUCAGAGCUCAUGAAGUGGCGUCCAAACAAGUGGAGGAAAGGUUACAGGAAGAAAAGUCCCAGAAGCAGAACAUGGACAUCAGCCGGCAGGCAAAGUUCGCCGCCACCCCCUCCCUGGCCUUGUUCGUCAACCUCAAAAACGUGGUGUGCAAAAUCGGAGAGGAUGCCGAGGUGCUCAUGUCCCUCUAUGACCCCGUGGAGUCCAAGUUCAUCAGUGAGAACUACCUGGUUCGCUGGUCCAGCUCAGGAUUGCCUAAAGACAUAGACAGAUUACAUAACCUGCGGGCUGUUUUCACCGACCUCGGCAGCAAAGACCUGAAGAGGGAGAAAAUCAGCUUCGUCUGUCAGAUCGUCCGCGUGGGCCGCAUGGAGCUGAGGGACAACAACACGCGGAAGCUGACCUCAGGCCUGCGGCGGCCCUUCGGCGUGGCCGUGAUGGAUGUAACAGAUAUAAUAAAUGGAAAAGUAGACGACGAGGACAAGCAGCAUUUCAUCCCCUUCCAGCCGCUCGCGUUGGACGACGCCAUUCGACACAAGCCGCUGAACAUGUCAUCCCGUUUUUCACCCAGGGUGGCAGGGGAGAAUGACUUCCUACAGACUGUUAUAAACAAAGUCAUUGCUGCCAAAGAAGUCAACCACAAGGGCCAAGGCCUGUGGGUCACUCUGAAGUUGCUCCCUGGAGACGUCCAUCAGAUCAGGAAGGAGUUUCCUCACUUGGUGGACAGGACCACGGCCGUGGCUCGGAAGACGGGGUUCCCCGAGAUCAUCAUGCCCGGUGAUGUUCGAAAUGACAUCUACGUGACAUUAGUCCAAGGAGAUUUCGAUAAAGGAAGCAAAACCACAGCGAAGAACGUGGAGGUUACGGUGUCUGUUUACGAUGAAGACGGCAAGCGGCUGGAGCACGUCAUCUUCCCGGGCGCCGGCGACGGGGCCAUUUCCGAGUACAAGUCCGUCAUUUACUACCAGGUCAAGCAGCCGCGCUGGUUCGAGACCGUGAAGGUGGCCAUCCCCAUCGAGGACGUCAACCGCAGCCACCUCCGCUUCACCUUCCGCCACCGCUCCUCGCAGGACUCCAAGGAUAAAUCCGAGAAAAUAUUUGCACUGGCGUUUGUGAAGCUGAUGAGAUAUGACGGGACAACGCUGAGGGAUGGCGAGCACGACCUCAUCGUCUACAAGGUAGUGGACCUGCUGGGCCUCCUCAAGUGGCGCUCCAACACCAACCUGCUGCAGCAGAACCUGCGCCAGCUCAUGAAGGUGGAUGGCGGGGAGGUGGUCAAGUUCCUCCAGGACACCUUGGACGCGCUGUUCAACAUCAUGAUGGAGAACUCGGAGAGCGAGACCUUCGACACGCUCGUGUUCGAUGCUCUGGUGUUCAUCAUCGGACUCAUUGCCGAUAGGAAGUUCCAGCACUUCAACCCCGUCCUGGAAACCUACAUUAAGAAGCACUUCAGUGCGACGCUAGCCUACACGAAGCUGACGAAAGUGUUGCGGAACUAUGUGGACAACGCCGAGAAGCCGGGAGUCAACGAGCAGCUGUACAAAGCGAUGAAGGCCCUGGAAUACAUCUUCAAGUUCAUCGUGCGCUCCCGCGUGCUCUUCAACCAGCUCUACGAGAACAAGGGCGAGGCCGAAUUCAUGGAGUCCCUCCUGCAGCUGUUCCGGUCCAUCAGCGCCAUGAUGAGCAGCAUGUCGGACCAGACCCUCAGGGUGAAGGGGGCAGCGCUGAAGUACCUGCCAACGAUCGUCAACGACGUGAAAUUGGUGUUUGAUCCCAAAGAGCUCAGCAAAAUGUUUACUGAUUUCAUCCUCAACGUUCCCGUGGGCUUGCUGACCAUCCAGAAGCUGUACUGCUUGAUCGAGAUCAUCCACAGUGACCUCUUCACACAGCACGACUGCAGGGAGCUCCUGCUGCCCAUGAUGACGGACCAGCUCAAGUACCACCUGGAGCGGCAGGAGGACCUGGAGGCCUGCUGCCAGCUGCUCAGCAACAUGCUGGAGGUGCUGUCCCGCAAGGACGUGGUGAGUGCGUGCGCCGGGUGCUGCCAGGACCAGCAGGCCUCGUCCCGCAUCCACCCGAACCCCACCCCACGGGCCUCGUCCUGAUCCACCCAGACCCCAC